UUAGUGGUUCUAAAUUUCAAGAUGGCAGUUUGCGAUUAAUUAAAACAGCCAUCUUUCCUACUGCGAACCCCUAUAAUAACUGAAAUUGUGAUAUUGACACGUCAUAAUAAAGCCGCUAACGUAUUAUAAACGACAGAUGAAGCUUUUUAAUGAAAAGAAUUAGGCACGAGACAACUGAAUAAUUCUUUGACGUUAUUACAGUAUUGUUGGCAUCCAAAUGCAGGUAUUUAUGUUCACGAUGAAUACUUUAAAAAGCAUAAAAGCAGCUUUAGAUUAUUAACAUGUGUUGUGGCGCUUCGCCUUAGGCGAGGAAAUAAGAUCAUUGAAGUCUUAUUUUGUCGAUAAAAGUUACAGGCUUCUGUCAAUAUUUUGUCUGACAAGUCCUGAGGCUAAUCAGCUUAUGUGAUAUCUAAACUGUCACAGUGGCCAAUGGUGUCUCUUUUUGAAAUAAUGACUUUGGCAUCAGUAUCGACGAUGCAAACAAGAACCUUUGGCUCGUCAUAGAAGUAGAAGCGAUGAAUUGCAUCUAGUUUAAAAUGAUGCGCUUUCGACCUUCAACGGUCAGGAGACGGCGAUCUCAGAGUGCAUCAAGUGCUUUGAAAGACAAGGAUAGCAACCACGUAAAGCAAAAUUCCACGCCGGUAAAGAAGAAGUCGGUUCAGUGGGCAGACAAUUUCAAUGGAGAACAGUUUUGCAAGCCUCCUUUGCGAAAAUACAACUCUGACGGUAUCCUUGAGUUCGACAAGGCGUUAGAGAAGCUUACCAGGGUAUCAAGCAUGCUAGAAACAUCGACAACACUGGAAACGGAUUUUGAUGAUAAUUUGAAGAUAAUUCAGAAAAAGCUUCUGACAGAUAUAGAUCUGAACGAGACCGAUGAAAAAACAGCGGUGAAACCUUUUGGAGAUUAAUUCGAAACAGCGUUGACCAGUGUUGCAUUCGGUGUACACGUAUAUUCUUUAGUAGAGACAGAGUCAUGCAUUUGAAUUGUUUUCCUUUAGCAACUAUUAUGACUUUUAACUACUACAGAUCUUAAAUCAAGAAUAUAUAUUUAAUUCAAAGAGAAAUUGAUGGCAAGUGCUGACCGCCAGCUUGAAAUUAAACUUAACUUAAAUUAUGAAAAAAAAAUGUAUGCAAAAUUAGCAACAGAAAAGUGAUCGUAGGGUAUUGGUGAAAUAGACAUUUUGUGAAGAGCUAAA